AUGGAGGUCGAGCAUGACGACGCCGUGUCGCAUCUCGAGGGUCUUGCGCUUGGGCAAGUCCUCGAGGAUCUUGGCGUCGUAGGCAAUCAAUCCGACCUGCGCCAUAUUGGCCUAGGCUCGAAAGCGUCCACUGCACAGGCUCUGAACAAAGACGAAAUUUACCGUAACGAUUUUGACGACGAUGCUGUCGUGGAAGUGCCGGAGGACGACGAUGAGGCCGAAGAAGAGAAGCAGGACGAUGCGCCGACCUCGCGUCCACUGCGUCACUCGAUGAUGAAGAUCCGUGGCGAGGAUGACGACUUUGCCGACGAGGACGAGGAGGAACAGGAGCAGGUUGCGCCCGCUCCGCCCCCUGCCCCGGCGGUCGAGGAGGUGCGCGAAAAGACGCCGCCGCUCUCUCCCCGUCAAGAGGCGCUAAAGAUCUUCCCCGACUUUGCGCCGGGCAAGGUGCUCAAUUAUACCGACCUCUUUGUCACGCCGUCGCAAAAGCGCCGCCGUCUCCAAGGCAAGCUGCCCGAGGUGCGCGCGGGACCGAGCCUUUCGGCGGUGCCCCCGCCGAGUGGUGAGGAGGCGUUGACGUCGAUCCACGCACCGAGCACGAUGAAGCCACCCAAGAAUGUCGUUGCGCGCCUCGCCAAGUCGUGCUUUGAGGAAGGCAAGGUCCGGGAAGUGAUUCCCGGCUGUGCUGUCCAGUUUGACGACGACCAUGCAGACCGUACCAAGAAACGCCCUGGCCGCCUCGUGAACAACGUCGAGGUCGACGACUGGGAGCGCCGUAUCGUGCAGAGCAACUGGCGUAAGCAGUACGCCGAGUCGCUCGCGAGCGACCAUAUCCCCAAGCUCGAAGAUGUAAGCCGUCCCCGGAAUGCAGAGCUUGCAAAUGGCGCCUACUUUUUCGAGAGCAUCAUUUGGAAUCCGUACACGCGUUUUCAUCCCUUUGAUCGCCUUAUUAUGGACAUGAACGAUGCGGACAUGAUUCUCGAGAACGAACAGGCACAGGAGGAGAAGCAGGUGUCGCUGCUGCGUGCAGAUGCGCCGCCAAACCUGCUCAAAUCGAGCAAGUUCACUGCCGAGCUCGAUCCGUUCAAUCUGUCCAACGACCGCAUGUACGAGCUGAGCAAGGAGCAUCGCCACCGUGUGCGUCAGACGCUCGGUCAGCUGGUCGUGCGCCACGCGUGGCCGGCGAUCAAGCUGCAGCUGCCGUUUUACAAGAUGCGCCUCGCAAAGCACGAGACGCGCUCGUGGCACCGUCCGCUGAUCCAGUUCCCGUCCAACAUGCCCAUUACCUUUUCCAAGGUGCGCUCGUCGCGCAAGAAAGACGGCGAGAAAAAGUCCAAGGACCCCAGCGAGGUGCUGCACAGCACGCGCGACCUGACGCUGAAGGACGCAAGCAACUUUGUGCUGUGCGAGUACUCGGAAGAGUACCCGCCCCUCUUGUCGAACCUCGGCAUGGGCUCCUUGCUGGUGAACUACUACCGCAAAAAGGACAGCAAGGACGACCAUAUCCCCCGUGCCGAGCUCGGCGAGGCGUUUGUUUUGGAUACCACCGAUGAGUCGCCGUUUAUGAAGUUUGGCAGCGUCGAGCCUGGCCAGACGCAGCCUGUAUUGUACAACAACAUGACGCGUGCGCCGCUCUUCCGGCACAAGCCCCAGCAGAACGAUUUCCUGUUUAUCCGGAGCACGACAAAGACCGAUGUCAAGUAUUAUUUGCGCGACAUUCCCUACCUCUUUACCGUCGGCCAGACCUAUCCCACGACGCCGAUUCCCGGUCCCCACGCGCGUCUGGUGACAAACAAUGUCAAGCACCGUCUCCGGAUGAUUACCUACAAGCUGCUGGAAAAGAGCCCCGCGCACCGCAUCAAGAUUCACCGUGUGAUGAAGUACUUCCCUGACCACAAUGAGCUGCAGAUGCGCCAGCGCCUAAACGAAUUCAUGGUCUUUCACCGCAAGUCGGGCGACAAGCACCAAGGCUUUUGGCGUCUCAAGCCCAAUGUGCCGAUUCCCGACGAGGCCGAGCUACAGAAGUUGCUCACGCCCGAGCACAUUUGCUUGGUCGAGGGCAUGCAAGUCGGCCAGCGCCACCUGCUCGACGCCGGUUUCACCAAGACCGCCGAGGGCCACGAGGACGACAGCGACGAGACCAAGCUGGAUAUCGAGCAGCUGCUUGCGCCGUGGAUCACGAGCAAGAACUUUUUGCAUGCGACGCAAGGCAAGGCUAUGCUCAAGCUGCACGGCGACGGCGACCCCAGUGGCCGUGGCGAAGCCUUUAGCUUUGUGCGUGUUUCGAUGAAGGAGAUUUUCCUGCGUGCAGGCGAGGACGUGGACGAGCGCCUGGCCGCGGAAGCGGAAGCGCGUGCCAAGUCCGGUCACCGGUACAAUGUCGCGGAGCAGCAGGCCAUCUACCGCUCCGAGAUUGCGCGUAUCUGGAAGGCGCAGCUUGCCGCGCUCUCGAACCCCGUACCCCCCCGCAUCUCUGCAAAGGAGGAGCAAGAGUGGAACGAGGAGGAGCGGCGGCAUAUGAUUGCGGAGCAAAAGUCGUCCAAGCCGCUCCUUGUGCGCCGCCUGAUUAAUGGCGUGUGGUACAAGCACAUUGUGCGCAACCCUGCCGUGGUCAAUGCGUACGUCAAGCAGCGCAAGGAGAUCGAGGAGCAGAGCAUCAUGACCGAGUCGCUAGUGCCGACCGGUGAUGCGGCGCUCGACGCGCUGCGCAAGAAGCGUCUCGAGGACGACAUUGCGGCGCUGGUCAAGAACCAGGGCCGCCGUCUGCAGCGCAAGAAUGCCAAGGCCGCAGCCGAGGGCCUGAUUGGCGGCUACAAAAACAUGCCGAACAAGACGAAUACCAAGCGCCGCUGCGGCCGCUGCGGUAUGGUCGGCCACAUGGCGACGAACAAUGCAUGCCCGCAGUACCCGCAGGACAACAACGGCGAUCGCUCGGGUACCGGCCCUGGCGGUGCGGUGCGCCCGCCGAGCGUCAUGCCGAUGCCGAACAGCACCUAUUAUACCAAUGCGAACAACCAGCAAAAUGCCACGAUGCCCAACUUUCAAACGUAUGGGCCGAUGGGCUCCAUGGGGCCGCCGUAG